AUGGCCGCCAUCACGAACGAUGCUCUUGAACCAGGCGUGCGCCUCCGGGUUGGUGAAGUCGAGCAUCGCGACGUCGAACGCCGUGUUGAGCAUCAUGUAUGGCUCGCCGGCCUCGUCCCUCACCACUCACAGGAUGCCCAGCUUCUUGGCUUCCUCGAAUUGGUGCCUCUUCGUGUUCGGCUUCGGAUCCAUCUGAACAAGAACAUGCCAACGUUUUCAAACAAAAUUCAGAACACCAUGCACACCUGCCCUGCUCGUGCUCGGUUGCCAUUGAUACGAGAAGGGAUGGAGGUGCAGGUGGUGGAUUUGUCUUCCGACUCCGAGGGCGAGGUGUCGGCGCACUCGCCCGAUCACAAGCGCCCCUCUCGGCAGCCGGCUCCAGACCCCAAUCGCGGGGGUGGCGACACUGGUUCCAGUGCCAUGGACAUCCUCUUCGAGCAAGCGGACGCGGGCGCGGCGUGGGGUGACGCGCUGAAGAAAGGGAAGGAGGAGGUCGUCGAGGGGGAGAGCGCGGGGCCUCCAAAGCACGGUGGAGAAUUGCUCGGUGCUGCUGGCCGCGUCCUGGGAGCUGGGAGUGAUCCGUGGAGCGCACUGGUGAGCAAGUGCAAGGCUUGGGACGGUGGGAAUAACGGAGCUGGGUGUUGGGGUAGUUGGGGUGACCGGGGUGAUCAGCUUACUAACUCGGCCCCCAUGCCGCGUCUAGGGUCAGAGAGGAAGGGGUUUCAUGAGACAUCCAGUGACAAGUGGAAGGGUAUUCUUGGUGCAAACCCUGCUGAUCCUGUCAACUUACUGUGGAGCUCCUGGGAUACUGACAUGAAAGAUAACGAGGAUGAAGUCUUCUCCCAAAGGUCUGUGGCUGCUUGUGAAAUUUCUAGCUGUGAUGAUUUUCUUAUGGAAGAUAGUAGCUCGUCAUGGCUGUCGAAGAUCAAAGGGCUGCACUUCCCACUUCCUGAUGAGCAUCAGUUGAGAACCAGGCAGAUUGAGAAUGAUGAGGCGUUUGCCCGCAGACUUCAAGAGCAGCUCAAUCAGGAACAGCCAGGCUCUCAGCAUUCCGAAGUGGUUGAUACAACAAUAGCCUGGACAUUACAUGAGCAAGAUGCUGAGCAUGCCAGAUUUGCUGCAAGAGAAGGCCAGUCUAGUUCUAGCCAGAGGGACAGAUCAAUGGCACACCUAUAUUCUUAUGGAUGUCACUCACCCGUUCAAAGUUUUGCUUCUUGGGCAUCCAACCGGACUCCAAUUCCAAUGCCAAGCAGAAGAGGUUUGCAAAGAAACUCCAACUGCCCUCAAGCGGAGCAACGCAAUAUGCUUAUCUCUCAGUUAACCAAGGGAUGCUUCGGAGAAGACAUGGACCUAGAAAUGAGAAUGGCUGUACUGGACUCGCUUUCUGAAGCAUUUUGGAACUGCGAGGACACACUUUCUCCAGAUUCUGACAAUGAUGAUUAUGAGGACCGCAUAGCAUUUGAUGUUGACAUCCAGUACAGAGGUGCUUCUGAUGAUCAAAUAAACAGCCUGCCACUAUCACUAGUUGAGGGUGAAAAUUGUUCGGAUCAACCCUGUAACAUAUGCUUGGAUUGCCCUGCUGCUGGUGAUUCCAUCCGGCAUUUGCCAUGCUUGCACAAGUUUCACAAAAAGUGCAUUGACAGGUGGCUCGGGAUGAGGACAUGGUGUCCGAUUUGCAAGUCAAAUGUAUUCUCCCAGUAG